GACAUAGUCUAUGUAGAUGGCACUGUGAAACGAUCUGUUAGAAAAGUUAGUGAGGAGCUGUUCCGCAUCAUUUCUCAUCAAUCAAGAAAAUUAUGAUUGAAAAUACUUAUUCUUGAAAUUAAAGAACGUCAAAAGGCAUUCGAAAAUGUUAAUUCGGAGAUGACAUACUGCAAUGGGACCUAGGGGUUUUGUAACCUGUCAUGUCUGCGGACGAGAAUUUGGUUCUAACUCCAUAAACUUGCACGAACCAAAAUGUCUAAAACGACAGUUAGAAACAGGUGAAACAAAUAUCGAAACUUGGACGUGCGAUAAGUGUGACGUGACCAUACCGGCCAUCCGUCAAGCCGAUCAUUCAGAUACAUGUAAAGGCAGCAGACCGAACACUCGUACUUUGGAACGCUCCACACCAGAAAUCACGGAAGAAUCCGAGAAAAUUGAACGACCGCAAACGAAAACGUUAAAAAAGCCAACACCUAAUAUCAGUCAUCCUGUUAUAGGAGAUGUAGAUGACGUAGAAAAGACUAAAAAGAAAAACCAAGAAAAUACUCAGCCUAAACCAAAGAGGAAAUACUACAGAGAACGAAAAUUUGCUGUUAAAAAACCAGCCAAUACCAAAGUCGAGUCCAAGUCUAUACCUUCACCUUGUAACAGUUGUAAUCGCAGUGUGGCACCCGAAAGAUUGCACAGUCACGUUCCUAAUAUCAACGGUACCAGAGUAAACGUCAUGACUAGGAGUACGGAAGAUGGAUAUGUCAGUGACAAAGAAUCUAACAAAACUAAAACUAAAAAGAAAUCCCAGGACACUGCAGUGACUGUAGAAGAUUCUGGAGGUUCCAAAGGCCCUAGGGCACUGAUAUGCUAUAUCUGCGGUAGGCCUUUCGGUAGUAAAUCUCUACCUCUGCACGAACCUCACUGUUUGGAGCGCUGGAAGCGCGAAAACGAACUUCUUUCUCCCAAUCAGCGAAGACCUUUACCACAGAAGCCAGAAACCAACGUAACCAUGACAAAAGACGAGUUUAAUGAAGCGUCCUGGCAAAGUUUCCAAGCCAAUUUGGUUCCCUGCCCAAAUUGCGGACGAACAUUCUUUCCGGAACGGCUGUUAGUUCACCAGAGAGUUUGUAAAGAAACAGGAAACAAGAACAAUAACAACAACGUGAACAAAGCCCACUCGAACCACUCGCAGUUGCCACCGCAAUCGCCCAUAACUCAAUCGGAUAUUCAGUUAGUGCAGGACAGCUCUAAGGAGGUCAGCAAGAUACCUUUGGCCACGUGCUACAUUUGCGGUCGACUAUUUGGUUCGAAAUCCAUUUCCAUACACGAGCCACAGUGUUUGAAGAAAUGGAGGAUAGAAAACGAGAAAUUGCCGCCUCACAUGAAGCGACCGGAACCCGAAAAACCGGCUCUCAUGCUUAAUGAAGACGGAACACUGAAUAUGGACGCCAUGAUCGAAGCGGCAUGGCAGAGUCAUUUGCAGCAAUUGGUUCCGUGUCCACGUUGUGGCAGAACCUUCUAUCCCGAUCGUUUGAUGAUACAUGAACGUAGCUGUAAAGGAAAGAAAAGUACAGAAUCGAAGAAAGAUUAGUUUGAAAUUACUCACCAACGGUACCUCACCCUGCCUUAAUCGACGUUGCUCAUGAAAUUUGAAAAAAAUUAAAAAAAAAUUGUUUUAGUAUUUUAUUCACAGAAUGUACAUUAUAUUGUAGAUACGAUAAUCAGUAUUAUACAGUAUACUGCUGAGAUUCACAUCCGUGCACCCAUAAUCUUAUUUUAUAUACAAAUAUGUGUUAAUUCUUGUAAUUUAUCCGAGAAUCUAUGGAAUUAGAAUAAAAUUCAAGUAGCAAAUUUCAGAGUUGGUAGAAUUUCGUUUGAUGAAAUUAAUCGAAAUUUCUUCAGAUUGACGUAUUUGAAAAGUCCGAAAGACGAUCGUCUCAAUUAUCUUUAAUGUAAUUGUUAUUGAAU